CAAUUCAGGGACAAAGUAGCUUACUAAAUACUCCGGUACAAUAGGUGGCGGUAUACACCUUACAAGUAACUGCUGCAACCGGUUGCAACCCGUCCUUAAACCAAAAGAAGAAUGUUAGGAGUAUCUUGCUUUCUCAUGGCGGAACUCAGAUACAUGACUCCGGUCAGAAAAGGAAUUAAGACUUUCCGGUAACAACAAAGGCACACUUCGAUUCAUUGCGAAAGCCUCGCUGUGCACAUCGACAGUAAUUUGCACCUUGCUCCUACCCUUCAUUUGGAGCCCAGUGCAACAGUCUCCGUUGUCAGCAGCACCAGAGGGACCCAUUUCAUUUUUGGACCCGUUGCUGCUGCAGUGACAGCUCUCCGAUUGACUGUAACAGUUGGGAACCCGUUUUACAUCAACCAAUUUGCAGUGGCAUUGCUUACUCACCUGGCUCUCCUAAGUCUUCUCAAAAGACAGCAGGUCAGCUGCUGGGUUUAACGUGGAAACAAACUUGCAGAAACACACAACAAGUAUUUCUGCUGCCAUGUACCACCACCAUCACCAGCAACAAGGGCCACAGCACUUCUCUAAUGGUUCCAGGCCCCCUCAUCAGCAGCCAUCUCCAAAUCAACAUCAGACUCGUUCUCCCUCUAAUGUGCUGUCUCAGGCGAUGGGUUUCCAGUUUCCUCGUCCCACCCAGCUCCCUGAUGAGCUAGAGUCCGCCCUUGCUAUACGGGGUGCUAGGGACAUGGAUCACCGCCUCAUCGACCAUACAAACCGACCAAACCAACACCAGAACCAAGGACCAGGUUCUGGGAUCAGUCAACAUGGAAACUACGACUCUAAGUCAAUAACACCCACCUCUGAUAAUCAGCCUGGCCAUCAGCAAGGAGUAGACUGGUCAAACUACCAACCUCCAGCUAAACUGUUUGCAAAUCCUCUACCAAGUGCAAGCCACAAGUCACAACAACAGCAGCCACAGAGCAGCCAUGCAGGAACAAGCAUCCAAAAUUGGACUUCCCCCGGAGGUGACUCAGCAACACUCCAAUCCCGGCACCAUUGUGGUGGAGGGGAUGGUCAGGCUUUGUACACACCAGAGAGUGCAGGGAGCAUCUUGGCUAGCUUUGGACUUUCAAAUGAGGACUUAGAAGUGCUGAGUCACUACCCUGAUGAUCAGCUAACACCAGAUACUUUACCAUUCAUACUCCGUGACAUCCAGAUCAACAAGUCAGGCAACCAGAAAAGUGUUGCUUCCUCAUUGUCGUUCUCACGUAGCCAUGAUAUUUCGCUGCCUCCUUCCCGCUCUUCACCAUUGGCCCGUUCAAGCUCACCAGAAGUGCCCAGCCUUCUCACUGUUACACAGACGGCAGGUAAAGUCAUUGACUAUGGUCAUGCCAGUCGGGCAAAGGACGAGAGUGGUACCAGAGAGACUUUCAAAAGAGAGCCACUGUCCAGUGAAAGGACAGUUAAAAUGUACCCAUCAUCGUCCUCCUCAUCAGCUCCAAAAAUAGAUAAAGUUGAAAGGCGGCAGAUUCGUUUGGAAAACAGUGAAUCAAGCAAGCACGGAGACCAGGACUAUCGCAGGACCAGUAGCGACCAUCACAAGAGCAGUCGGUCACCUGGGAGAGAAUUUCCAUCAUCCUCCAAAUCUCGUAAUCUAGACCGAGACUACAGGCGUGAAGGACCCGUACCUAGGCCCUCAUCUGAAACCAAAAAUGAAGCUUCCUUGCGGCGGUCUCUCUCCUCUUCGUCUUGCUCAAAACCACGCAGCAGCAAGAAGUUACCUAACCCCACCAUGAUAAGUGAUUUCUCAGCUGUGUCUCCAAAGGUGUAUCCCCAUACCUGCUCCCUGUGCCACACACAGUGUGAUCAGGAAAAGGACUGGGUUGACCAUAUUAACACUGUCAACCACACUGCUGCCUGCAGAGACCUGCGUAACAAGUACCCUGACUGGAAACCAAAUCUAUCAAGUCGGAGUGGACGAUACGGCAGCCGUGCUCUGUGGGAUCCCAAGGAUCACUCUCCAUCCCAUUCUGCUUCUCGAUCCCUCUCUUGUUCUCCUACCCCAAGCCCUCCUCAUGGCAAACAUAGGGUGGGCCACCCCCACCCCCACCCCUAUAGGCUUUCCACGAGGCCUUACUCUUCUCACCAUCAACCUCGCCACCAACACUACACAGGGGGGUCUUCUCGCAGUGGUGUUAAGCGUCAAUAUGAUUCAACCAAGUUCUCCACUGACAUCAGAAGACAUCCAUCCUCCUCUAAGCCAGAUCAUACUUUCAAACAUGGACCAUUACAAUCCAAAAUGGUCAAGAGCGGGAAGAAGCCUGGAACAAAGACGACUAAGAUCGGAAUCGCCAAGGCUGCUGACAGAUCUGCCAAGCUUCCACCAGCCAAGAAGAAGAAAAAAGUGAUGACUCCAGCCUUCCAGGAUUUAUCUGUUGCAGAUCGUCUGGUUUAUCUGACGGGCAUUCCCAAGGAUGCGUCUGAGCAGGAAGUUACUGACUUGGUGGGAUCCUUUGGCAAGAUCAACAACGUGAUCCUCAUGCCAUGCUCAGAGGAAGAGAGCGAGAACUGUGAAGGACAAAAGGCAUCUGUAUGCUUGGUGAAGGCUGAAGAUGCCCAGGCUCUGGCUAACUGCCCAAAUCUCUCCAUCAGAGACCAACAAAUAACUGCUAUAAAAGCCAAGAAAGUUGACGCAGGACAGUCCUCUGACUUUAACAACAGAAACCCUUCCUCAAGACAGGACAAUGGUGCUACUGUGGAAGACCCUGCAGGAGGUGACGCUGACCAGAAGACAUAUAAUGAGAAGGGCUUGGUGUUGAUCUCAGAUUGUCCUGAGAGUGACUGGUCAGAGAAUGAUAUCAUCAACCUAGUCAAGCCCUUUGGAACUCCCUCUGACAUCAUCCAGGCACCACAAAUCGGAAAGGUACUGGUGUCAGUGCCAGACAUAGAUAUUGCUCAAGAGAUGGUGAAAAUCUACAACUUCACGCCUGCGAAGAUUAACAACCGCGAGCUGAAGAUGAUCCAUCUCAAACAGCGUAUCAGUCUCAGCACUCCGGUGGCUCUCUACAAUCUUCUGAUGGGAUCAGUGGACCCAUUAGAGAGUCCUGGUCCAGUAGGCUGGAACUGCCUGUUGGUCAUCAGUAAUGUUCCCAACACGCCAACCGGUGCUUCUGAGGUCCAGAAAUUGGUGCGACGCUUUGGUACUGUCAUCAAGACUGUUGUUCUCAACAAUAUGGUCAUUUGUGAGAUGGCAACCGCUGCUAUGGCCUUGUCUGUUUACAAACGUUUCCAGAUGUUUCCAUGCAUCAUCCAGAACAACCCUCUGUUUUUCUCCCGCAAGCCCGACCCCAAAGCUAACACACAGAUCAAAGUCACUACAUACCCUGAUUCACCUGAGGAUACUCCUAUGAAUGGGAAAGGCAGCCAAGCUGCAACAGCAGCAGCAUCUGCAGACAAAGAGAAUCUUGAAUCUCCAUUGGAGGCAAUUGAAAAAGCCUGUGACAGGAAGGAUGAGAAGACAAACACUGAUAAGACGGUUGGUGAAGGUAAAGAUUUGGAAGAAGACUGGAGCAAGGACGACAAGAUAAGAAAAGACAAGCUUGUUGUUGAUCUUUCAUUGGCUGCACCACACGCCAAACCAGGAGCAGAUUCGGAGACAGACAUGAGGGACAAACCAGCUGUUAAAACUGUUGUGGAAACAGCAGAAGAAAACAUAUGUGUCAAUGCUCCCACAAAAGGAAAUGACAAGACUCCUGCCGGUGAAGAGACAAAGCCAUCUAGCUCUGAUGGCCAAGCCGCCAUUCAAGAGCUCCCUAAGGUUACUCAAGAGAUGGUUAAAGCACUGCUUGUGGAAUGCCGAACUAGAACUGCUAGCAAUCCCAACAACACAGCCACUUCCACCAAUGAAGAACAGGGAGGGACACAAAUGGAGACAAAGCAGGGUGAAAAAACCACAGAAGGGAUAAAAGAGCCUGCAAAGAACCACACUGAGGAGGUGAAGAAGCAGGAGAUGGAGCGAAAAGAAAGGGAAGCAAGAAAGGAGAGGGAGAGAAGGGUUUGGGAAAAAGAGGAGAGGAACAGGCGGCAGAGGGAACGGGAUGAAAGAGCCAGAAGGGAGAGGGAGAAGAGGGAGGAGGACAGGAGGCAGAGGAAGAGAAAACACAGGGAAAGUUUUUCAGGGUCAAGGUUGUCUUGCAGGUCGGACGAGUACACGCAAAGCUCCUGGAUGGAUGAACUGUAUAAUAACUCUGAAGUAGAGGAGGAGGAGUUUGAUGACUUCCCAUUCAACAUGAGUGACUUUGUAACCGUAGAUGAAGUUGGAGAUGUGACUGACCUGCCUUGCUCUUCUCCUUCUCCCUCUGUUCCCAUGGAAACCACAGAUGGAGGGGAGGACGCUCCCACAUCAUUCCAACAGGACGCUCCAGGGGAUACGCCCAUGGAGGUUACCCCAGAAUCAACAAUGUCAGAUGCCCCAGCAACUCUGGUGAAGUCUGAACACGUACCAGAGUCUGAACCUGUGGCUGUGCAGAUUGCUGAAACUUCAGAUGGUUUAGUGUCUUCAGAUUUAAAACCCAGACUGGUCCUUAUCGCUGCAACAUCCCCCUCUCCCGCAUCACAAGCUGACUCUUCACCCAGCCAAACACAUGUGCCAACAUGUCAAACAGAAGCACCUCGGGUCCCACUUCAGACUGAUAUCAAAACUGAGACUCAGAUCCCGCCUCAGACUGAGAUCAAAACUGAGACUCAGAUCCCACCUCUGACUGAGAUCAAAACUGAGACUCAGAUCAACGCUCAGACUAAGAUCCCACCUCAGACUGACAUCGAAACUGAGAAUCAGAUCCACGCUCAGACUAAGAUCACACCUCAGACUGACAUCGAAACUGACACAGAAGCCACACUGGACUCCACCACUGAGGUUGAACCCCUUUUUGAACCUGCUCCUGCAGCUUCAGCUCACCCAGCGGACUCCUCCUCAAACAGCCCAACAACAGGAGUAGUGACUUCAGAGAAUGAGAGGGAGAACGAUGCUCUUAAUUACAGUCAGGUUAAGAAGGAGGAGAUGGUGUCAGACAAAACAGAGGAAAAUGAGAAGGUGCAGGAUGAAGAGGACAAAGAGACUGGAGCUUUAGCUGGGGGGACAGUUAAGCGUGAGAAGUCUGAAGAUCAAACAAACACCGAAGAGGAGAGUGUGAAGAUGACAUUAAAGAGAGACACUCCCAUGAGUACAGACUACUCCCUCCCUCCUUUUGAUCCUAGCAGCCCAGUUGGUAUAGAGUUCUUGGUCCCAAAGACGGGUUUCUUCUGUAAGGUGUGUAAUCGGUUCUUUAGCGGAACCAAAGAGGCAGAGAUAAACCACUGCAAAACACUCAAACACUACGAGAACCUACAGAAAUACUUGCAGACCACGAAGACAGUGAAUUUGACUGUCAAACCGGAAUCCAUCUGAAUAGAGAUAUGAAAUAUUGACUGAAUUCACCAUUCCCCUCCUGUUUUUGUCUCUUCAUUUCUCACUAAGGGUCCAGAUUAUCAUUGCUGUAGAUUAGUCUCAUGUCUAAAUGGAUAUCUGUUCUAGACUUUUUAUGUACAAUUAAGAUAUGUGUAGGAACUGUGUACAGUGGAAGAUGGCUGGCAGUAGGAAGUCUGCUCAAUCAAUAAAACAUACUAAAUUUUCUAUCACUUA